UGAAACCACUUCUGAUGGAGAAUUUGAAAAUGAGAAAUUGGAUGAGCAAUUAUUUGUUUUCAGUGAAUUGGAGGAUGAUAAACAAUUUGAAUAUACAUAUGAUCCUGUGGAAAAUUGUAUGUCACUAAAUUCUGAUGAAAAGGAAAAUGAUUAG